GGUGUCCAGCAAACCACAGCUCCGAGCAGCCCUUACGCAAGGCAGGAUGACACAAGACCCUGGGCUGGAGGCCUGGGAAUCCUCCUCAGAGCCGCGACUCUGCUGGAGACUCCCAGGCAUGCGGAUCCUGCCUGUCCUCUGUGCUCUGCUCCUCCUGAUGCUCCGGGGAGUGACAGGGCUGUCCCCGGUCCGAGCAUCAGCCCAGGACUGCGAGCGCCGCGGGGGAUUCUGCUCCCACCGCUCCUGCCCGCCGGGGAUCGGCCGCAUCGGGCUCUGCUCCGAGCAGGAAUUCUGCUGUCGGAUGCGGUGGUAUCCCUGAGGGGCUCCCGGAUCCCCGAGAAGCACACCAGCCCCCUGGUCGGGAUGAUGCUGCCUGGAGGCACCGAGCACUGCCAGGGGCAGCAGCAGCAGCCCUGCACAUCCAGACCUGGAUCCCAAGGGAAUCCCAUCCCCCAGUGUCCCCAAUACAAGGUGGUGGUCAUUGCCAUCACACACUGAGA